GCGCGCGCCUGUGAUCGUGAUGGCGGCGGCGGAGGAGAGCGGGAGCACCGGGAGCAGCGGCUCGUGCAGCACCGCGGAGGAGGAGCGCAUGCGGCGGCUCUUCCAGACGUGUGACGGGGACGGAGACGGAUACAUCAACCGGUCAGAAACUACACCAAACUCACUCUGACGCGUUUACGAGCGGAAGAAGAGUCACGGAGUCGAGCAGCGGGACAGGCGCGGUGUCCUCACGGGCGAGUUUAGUUUGAAUGAUCUGCUGAUGGUCUGCCGGCAGCUGAACAUGGAGGAUUCGGUGGCAGAGAUCAUGGGGCAGCUGGGCGCAGACGAGCGAGGAAACAUCUCCUUCCAAGACUUCACUCGCUGCCGCAUGCAGCUGCUGAACGAGAUCCGCAAGGAGGAAGGCCAGCUUUCCCUGGUGUCCAGCGACUCGGAGAAGAGGACACUUCAUGAACACGUGUCGUCGUGGCCCGACAGCAGCGAGAACAGUCUGGGCGCUCGUGAGAGCUGGGAGUUUGAUUCUGGAGCUCGAGACUUACACAGUCCAGACCUGCAUCCUCCGCAGCAGAGCUCUCUGUUCCUCCGGAAGCUCCUGGAUCAGCCCAGUGUUCUGGAGCCCUCGGCUGGACUUCACAAGCUCCUGUCCCAGCAUCCGUCCGGCCGCAGCGGGGCUCUGGGUCUGGCCAACACUCUGCAUCUGGCUGCGCUGGCGUCUCUGAAGGGUGACGUGGUGGAGCUGAACCAGCGUCUGCUGCAGACCGAGAGAGAGAGAGACACGCUGGAGAAGAGACUGGCCAAAGCACAGUGUGAGCAGUCUCAUCUGCUGCGGGAGCAUGAGGAGGUUCAGGAGAGAACGACGCUGCGCUAUGAGGAGCGAAUCACAGAGCUGCACAGCAUCAUCGCCGAACUCAACAAGAAGAUAGACCUGCUGCAGGGAGCCACCAUCAGGGAGGAAGAUGAGUUUUCCGAGCUCCGCUCCGAUCUAAGUCACAGCCAGCAGGAAGUUAACGAGGACGACCGGAGCGUCGAUCAGGACCCCGACCAGGCGUCCAUCUCACUGCCUGAGAACCAGUCCACACUGGUCACAGCAGACAUGGAUAACUGCAGUGACCUGAACUCGGAGCUGCAGCGUGUUUUGACGGGUCUGGAGAGUGUCCUGUGCGGCCGUAAGAAGAGCACAUGCAGUCUGUCUGUGGCAGAGGUGGACAGACACAUCGAGCAGCUGACCACUGCCAGUGAACACUGCGAUCUGGCCAUCAAGACGGUGGAGGAGAUCGAGGGCGCUCUGGGCCGUGACUUCUACCCCAGUCUGUGUGAGGAGCGUGUGUGCUGGGAGAAGGAGCUGGCUGGACUCCGGGAGGAGAACGAGAGCCUGACGGCGAUGCUGUGCAGUAAAGAGGAGGAUCUCAACCGCACCAAAGCCACCAUGAAUGCCAUCCGAGAGGAGCGAGACCGCCUGCGCAGACGCGUGCGAGAGCUGCAGACGCGUCUCCAGAGCGUUCAGCCCGGUGCUCCGUCCAGUCCUGGACGUCUGACCCCGGCAGGACGUCCCAUCAACCCCAGCACCGGAGAACUCAGCACCAGCAGCAGCAGCAACGACAUCCCCGUCGCCAAAGUGGCAGAACGAGUGAAGCUGUCGAAAACGCGCUCUGAAUCACUGCCAGCGGAGAGAUCCGUCCUCGGUUCUGAAAUCAGCAGCAUCGGGGUGUCCAGUAAUGUGGCUGAACACCUGGCUCAUUCCCUUCAGGACUGCUCCAACAUCCAGGAGAUCUUUCAGACGCUCUACUCACACGGAUCCGCCAUCUCCGAGAGCAAGAUCCGCGAGUUCGAAGUGGAGACGGAAAGACUGAACAGGUUAGAGAGCACAGACCCAAAGAUCUGCUGUUGAAAUCCUACAGCAGUG